AUGACCGGUUUCUGGAUUAUAAUUUCGAUCUUCAGCGCCGUGUUUACAGUCCAACCUGGUAGACGCUGGGUUACUGCACAAUCCCUCACAGAGUCACGAGUUUAUCAGCCUGAUAAAGAGCUCAGUGUGGAUACUGGAGACUCGGCUACUCUGCAGUGUUGUAUUUCUGAAAAUGAAUUUGAACCGAUAGCCUGGUUUAAGCAACCAAAUGGAAAAAAACCUCAGAUUAUAGUCACUGUAUAUAAAAGUGAUGGAGAAACAUUUUCCAAUGGAUUCCAAGAGUCUCGUUUUCAAAUUGUAAGAUCUUCAAACUGCUUCAAUAUGACCAUUUUAAACACCAUUCAGUCUGAUGAAGCCAUGUACUACUGUGCACUGAUGGAAGUCAACCCUGUGUUUGGAGAUGGAACUUAUUUAAAAAUUAAAGGUAGUGAAUCAUGAUAAAUGUUUAUAUGUGAGCAUGUUACUAUUGCAUCAGAAACAUCUACACCAGCUCUGUGUGAUAAUUCAGUGGUGUGUGAACCAACAGUGCAUGGAAACAGCACUAACAUGAACACACAAGAGAAAACAGUGCUCGGUUUGGGAACGGCUUUGGGUUUCUGUGCACUUCUAAUUUUCUGCCUCACUUAUUUCAUACUGAGGAGAAGAAAAUAUGAAAACUCUAGAAUGAAAGCUUGUAUAGAAAAUUCCCCAGGAAUGAGGCAGGAAUCUGAACCUGAACCACUGAAUUAUGCAGCCGUGCAAUUUACCAAGAGGAAAGCCAAAGCUGAAAAAAAGAAAACUGGCUCAGCAGAUGAGUGUGUGUACUCCGAUGUGAAGAAAACUUGUAGAUAG